GCGCAGGCCGGCGGCGGGGAGGCGCCCGCGUCGGAUCCCCGGGCCGGGCCUGACCGCCGAGCGGGCCCGCCGCCGCCGCCGCCGCGCCAUGGCGGAGACCAAGAUCAUCUACCACAUGGACGAGGAGGAGACGCCGUACCUGGUCAAGCUGCCCGUGGCGCCCGAGCGCGUCACGCUGGCCGACUUCAAGAACGUGCUCAGCAACCGGCCGGUGCACGCCUACAAAUUCUUCUUCAAGUCCAUGGACCAGGACUUCGGGGUGGUGAAGGAGGAGAUCUCUGCGGACAAUGCCAGGCUGCCCUGCUUCAAUGGCCGCGUGGUCUCCUGGCUGGUCCUGGCGGAGGGCGCGCACUCGGACACGGGCUCUCAGGCCACCGACGGCCACACCGACCUGCCCCCACCACUUGAGCGGAUGGGUGGCAUCGGGGACUCCCGGCCCCCAUCUUUCCACCCGAACGUGGCCAGCAGCCGUGAUGGGAUGGACAACGAGACCGGCACUGAAUCCAUGGUCAGCCACCGGCGUGAGCGAGCCCGACGCCGGAACCGGGAAGAGGCCACCCGGGCCAACGGGCACCCGAGGGGGGACCGGCGGCGGGACCUGGGCUUGCCCCCCGACAGUGCCUCCACCCUGCUGAGCAGCGAACUCGAGUCCAGCAGCUUCAUCGACUCUGAUGAGGAUGACAACACGAGCCGGCUGAGCAGCUCCACUGAGCAGAGCACCUCCUCCCGGCUCAUCCGGAAGCACAAGCGGCGUCGGCGGAAGCAGCGCCUCCGGCAGGCAGACCGCGCCUCGUCCUUCAGCAGCAUCACCGACUCCACCAUGUCCCUGAACAUCAUCACCGUCACGCUCAACAUGGAGAGGCACCACUUCCUGGGCAUCAGCAUCGUGGGGCAGAGCAACGACCGGGGCGACGGCGGCAUCUACAUCGGCUCCAUCAUGAAGGGCGGGGCCGUGGCCGCCGAUGGCCGCAUCGAGCCCGGGGACAUGCUGCUGCAGGUGAACGACAUCAACUUUGAGAACAUGAGCAACGACGACGCCGUGCGUGUGCUGCGGGAGAUUGUGUCCCAGACGGGGCCCAUCAGCCUCACAGUGGCCAAGUGCUGGGACCCGACCCCCCGGAGCUACUUCACCGUCCCGAGGGCUGACCCUGUUCGGCCCAUCGACCCGGCCGCCUGGCUGUCCCACACGGCGGCGCUGACCGGAGCCCUGCCCCGCUACGGUACGAGCCCUUGCUCCAGCGCCGUCACGCGCACCAGCUCCUCCUCACUAACCAGCUCUGUGCCUGGCGCCCCACAGCUGGAGGAGGCGCCGCUGACGGUGAAGAGCGACAUGGGCGCCGUGGUCCGGGCCAUGCAGCUGCCCGACUCGGGGCUGGAGAUCCGCGACCGCAUGUGGCUCAAGAUCACCAUCGCCAACGCCGUCAUCGGCGCGGACGUGGUGGACUGGCUGUACACGCACGUGGAGGGCUUCAAGGAGCGGCGUGAGGCGCGCAAGUACGCCAGCAGCAUGCUGAAGCGCGGCUUCCUGCGGCACACCGUGAACAAGGUCACCUUCUCCGAGCAGUGCUACUACGUCUUCGGGGACCUGUGCAGCACUCUCGAGGCCAUGAACCUCAACAGCGGCUCCAGCGGGGCCUCGGAUCAGGACACGCUGGCCCCGCUGCCCCACCCGGCUCCCUGGCCCCUGGCACAGGGCUACCCCUACCAGUACCCAGGGCCUCCGCCCUGCUUCCCGCCCGCGUACCAGGACCCUGGCUUCAGCUACGGCAGCGGCAGCGCCGGGAGUCAGCAGAGUGAAGGAAGCAAAAGCAGCGGGUCCACGCGGAGCGCGGGCGGGAGCAGCCGGCGGGCCCCGGGCCGCGAGCAGGAGCACCGGAGGCCCGGAGCCGGGGGCAGCGGCAGCGAGUCCGACCACACGGCCCCGAGCAGGGCAGGGGGCGGCGGUUGGUGGGAGCGUCCCGCCAGCCAGCUCAGCCGUGGCAGCAGCCCGCACAGCCAGGCCUCCACCACUGCCCCGGGGCUCCCCCCAUUGCACCCUCUGACAAAGGCCUACUCGGUGGUGGGCGGGCCGCCUGGGGGGCCCCCUGUCCGGGAGCUGGCCGCUGUCCCCCCAGAGCUGACAGGCAGCCGCCAGUCCUUCCAGAAGGCCAUGGGGAACCCCUGCGAGUUCUUCGUCGACAUCAUGUGACCGAGGACAGGAUGCCUUCCCCCGGGCGGCCUUGCGGUGGGGGACGGGGGUCCUGCUGCCCCCGCAGGAGGCGCUGCACCUGGAGCUCGUGUGGCCUCGUCUUAGCUGUGGCCGUCAGGGGUCAGGCAGCUUUCCACGCGCACCAGGGGCCGUGCUGUGGGGUCUGGGCUAGACAGAGUGGGGGCAGGCUGGGGGGCGGGCGGCCCGAGCCCCCUUAUCUGGCCUCAGCAGCCCGUCUGUCCUGGUCAGAGCAGCCGUGUCCAUGCGGACCUAGGGGGGCCUGUGCGCAGGCGGGUCUGACCUGCCCCGUGGCGUGGGCCUCGGACCCCCGUGUGCCCACAGCACUGCAGACAGGUCCCCGGCCAAACAGGUGGUUGCCGGGCCUGGUCCCUGCCGUCACCCAGUGUGCAGGCCCUACGCUUCUUGCUCAGACUUGGGGGGGCCAUGUUGGGGUGGAAGGGAGCCCCCAGACCUCUCUGGCUGCCCGGGUCGGGUGUAACUUAUUUAUUUAUUUCUUGGCCCGUGUCCUGUGGGAGGUGGUGGCCAGGCAUGUCCCCCCGCCGCCGGGUCUCAGAGUGAAUGCGGAGGCACAGGGAGUGUCUGCACGUGGGGGGCCAGUGAGGGGGGACGGGAGGGGCACAUCUCAGCGGCGGGAGGAGUGGACUGUGGCCCACGGAUGCUCAGCUGCUGCAGGGACGGGUCUGGGGAGAGGGGGCCAGCCUGCCCUCCCUGCUGUCCUCAGGUGACCGCCCCCCUCACACACACACACACACACACACACACACACGCUUCCUCCCAGUGAGCUGGCCUGCACGUGUCUGCAAUGUGGAUACUGUAUCGUGUCUGCGGUGUAGAUACUGUAUCAAGUCAGAGGGCGUCUGGAUAGUGAAUGGAGCUGCUUCUGUGUAAAUGCUAUUUUAAACACUAAAAAAGCAUUUAAUUUUAUGGGA